AGCUGAUGAAGGGCUUGUAGCUACUAGCGUUUCUAGAAAAUCUCACAAGGUUAGUCAGUGAUGGUUUUUUCUUCCAUCCACAAGUAAGGAUGUUAGAAAUAGCAACGCCAAAAAUGAAUAGUCCUAAUUACUUCUAUACUUUCGGAUACAAAGGUUCUACAGCUAAUAACAAUGGUCUUGGUAUUGCUCACGGUGAAGAACUCAUGUACCUUUUUAAAUUAUCAUCUGGUUGCAAUUUAAAUUUUACGGCGGCAGACUUAUCAAUCAGUAAAACAAUGGUGGAAAUGUGGACAUCGUUUGCAGUAAAGGGAAAACCAAUAUCAAGCGAAUUAAGAAAUCCUAAUAUCUGGUUGCCAUUCACUACACGAAACCCAGUUCAUCUUCAAAUUGGUGAUAUUAACAACAAUACAGAUUCUACUGUGACACUGAAUAAUACAUUUUACAUGGACCGCAUGAACUUUUGGAGAAAAAAUGCUCCUAUACAAUAGCUGCCUGAAUAUUGCGAUUUAUUGAAUUUAGCAGCGAAAAAUUAUGUGUGUUGUUUGAAAAAAACGAAGAAGGGAAUUUAUUAUAUAUUGAAUGCUUCUGUUUAUGUAAUAUUUGUAAUUUUUACAUCAGUGAAU